AUGGUGCGUUUAAUCUAUGGUUUCAUCUUGUCUGCUUUUCUCAGCAAUCUCACUACUGAAGCCUACUUACGCAAGAUCCCCGCAGACCAUUUGGUUCGGCCGACAUCGAAGACCUCAUUAAGGCUUAUGCCACUAGGAGGCUCGGUCACGUACGGCGUCGGGUCAUCGAGUGGCAACGGCUACCGAGAAUUUCUUCGCGCGAUGCUCGUCGCUCAUGGCUACGAUCCUGUCAUCGUCGGCUCGCGCAAGUCAGGCUCCAUGAGCAAUAAUGAAAAUGAAGGAUGGCGCGGAUAUAGGCUUGAUCAGAUAGACAAGAAGGUCAGGAGCUCUGUGGAAAAGCUUGCCCCAAACGUCUUCGCGAUCAACGCCGGAUCCAAUGAUUGUAUCCAGGAUUUCAAACUCGAUGAAUUCAAAGAACGCAUGAGCGGCAUAGUUCAAUUUCUUUGGCAAACAGAUCCGUCUUCGACAGUUGUACUAUCCACGCUUCUCGUCAACGGUGAUGAUAAGGUGAACUCGCGAGUGCUGCGCGUAAAUGAGCAGAUCCGAGAUUUGGUCGUACAAGAGACUGGCCGUAAUAAUAAGAUUGUCCUUGCGGAUAUGCACAGCGUCGAGGGACCACAGCUUGAUGACCUAGUUGAUGGGACACAUCCUGGCGACACGGGUUACCAGCUCAUGGCCGGCAUUUGGUUUGAUGCGAUUCAGAAAGCUCGAGAAAAGGGCUUCUUUGCCAAGUAA